AAAAAAAGCCCGGUAAUAUUGAUAAUAUUGACGCCAAUUGUAUCAUAGGCCUCAAUCCAAAUGACAUUAUCUUCUUAAAGGUGACUAACAGUAAAGAGGAAGUCCAUGCGGUCGUCAACCCCGCCGUGCUGCUCGCUUUCAAAAAUAACCAAUGACAGUGUCCAUUUCAUCCCGUUCGGCCUGGCCUGUCUUAGGCCCUGCUACUCGACACCUCUCGGUUAUUUCAAUAGGAACGGGCUGGAUGCGUCCCUGCUCGCUUUGGCCACACUGACUUGCGCUUCUAUUUUGGUAGAUUCUCAGCUCGCUAUCAGAAGCCUGGCCACGCCGAGAGUAUUUGAACAUGGAGCAGAAGGCCUAAGAACUCUGUGAGGGCUCUCUGUUUUCAAACUGGAUUUUGCGCUGAGGAUUUGUACCGCUUUUUUCCCAGAUCGGACUCUUUGGUGCAACAUGAAAAAGAAAAACGAGGAGGUUCAUUCUACAGCAUGCCUGAUUUCAACCUGAGGACGAGGGAAUCUGCUCGUGUUUGAGCUGGCCAGACGGGCGAUGGCGCAAAACAGGAAGAAGAAGCCUGUUGACGUGAAGGGCUCGGUGGAAAAGCGUCACAUGGGCCACCGGGUGGGCAACAUGCUCCACCAUCGCUUUCCGAAUGGCUUCACCGACCUGCUCAUGGACGAGACCGACCGUGAGGUCAGCACGCUCACCGACCGAGCCUUCCGGAGUCUCUGCGUCGGAGACGACGCUGUUUACAACGACGACUUCCUGUAUGGAUACUCGCCGUUCAGCUGUCAUAAACCAUUGGCAGGAGAGCCGCUCCAAAAGAUUCACCAGAAGGAAUCCAAAAAGCAGAGGAAAAAUGACAAAGAGAAGAACAUCUCAAACAUGUCAUCGUUUCUCAAGGCGCUGAGAACCACAGGAGAGAGCUGUGACGGAAUGCUGAUCAAAACUGGCGACGUGGCAGACUCCAAUGGGGAAUCGUGGGAUAAAUCUGCGCUUCGCAGCAUCCAAAGAGAACUGUCGGAAUUCUCCACCGAUUAUCACACCAAUCUCGUGGGUGGACAUUCGUCAAGCAAGCAGAGCAAAGGUUUAUUUUCUGGAAACUCAUCCAAGAUGAAAAACGGGAAGGCAACAGUCAAGCUUAAGAAGCUAAACAUCAAAAACUUUUUCCUUCACAGUGAGUUCAGCCCUUUCCAGACAUGGGGAGGUGUGAAUCAAUUCUGCUUUAGCCAUGAGAACGUUUCUGCAGAGAUGACUCCAAAAUGGUAUGACCUACCAUUUUACAAAGACUUAACAGAGGCUCAUAGCAAAGAAAUUCUGCACACACAAAAGGUAGUGAAAGAAGCAGGUGAACCUCCUCCUCCACCUGCUCCCCCUUCCCUUCCUCCCCCUCCUCCUUCUCCAACACCUCCUCCCCCCCCUCCUCCUGUUGCCCCUAAACCUUCCACGACACCACCCAAGGUCCCGCCAAAGCCCUCAGCUGCACUCUCUCAGAAAAGGUGCUCCUCAGAUAUCACUGAUGGAAGUGUUGUCCCCUGGAGGAGUGUGAAAAACACAAUUAAGCAAGAGCCUCAGGAGAAGAGCACAACAGCCAAAACCGAGAAAAACGUUUCAUCGAUCCCAAACGGGUCGAUGGAGGUAAAAGCGGUUGAAGAAGUCAAACCUUUGGCGUCAACUCCGUUCAGCAUCUGCCAGCUGAUGACGCCGCUCAUUCCCUCCAGACAACCAACAGACACAUCGGAAAUCCUCUCAGCUGUCCUUUCACCUUCUCUGCUGGACUUUCCCCACAGACCACACUCGGAGGCCAAAGGGACACCUGAACCUUUCAUCAAGAGGGACGGCUACAAAUCACUCGCCUCGAGCAUCCUCUUCAACCUCAAAGACAACAGAAAGAGGGUUAAAAGUCGCUACAGUCCACCGAAAUUCAAAACUUUAGAAGCACCUGGGAAUGACAACCAAUCGGAAUUGUUAGAGAAUCCGAAACAGCAAAAUCAUGGAUCUGGUUUAAGCACACCUGCGAUUUCAAAGGAAGCUCACACGUUCCGCAGUCCAGUUUUAGAGUCUGCCAACCCACAGACUGACGGUCAUAGCGAGCACGUAGCCGAUAGGCCGCCGUCUGACGAUUACUUGUUAUCCAAUCUGCAACCAAACAAAAAAGACGCCGUCAGUAAUGGCAAUCUAGGUGAAGAGAACCCAACCUUGCAAAUCAUUCAUGCAAAAAGAAACAAAAACCACACGGCUAAAAAGCAAAGUUAUCCUUCACUUAACCUUUACAAGAAAGCCAGCUCUCCUGCGUCCACAAACGAGCUUCAAAAUCCGAACAAAGAACCAUUGAGGUUUUCACCUCACAUCAAUCGCGGUCAUUCGCCUUUAUUCGAAGCCCCAGAGGAUGAUCAGGAGAACAAAACUAAAAUACCCUUAAGAGAAAAAUACUCUGGAGAAGAGAGUGUUAGUUUAAAAACAAAAGAAAGCAGGAGCCAAGCCAUGAGCACAAUGGAUGUCAUCAGAGCUGCAAAGAAUGCCAUUAACGCAACUAAAGCGCUACACGCAACUCCGUCCGAGAGCAGCGACAAAGCCACGUCACACAAAGGAGAAUUUAAGGACAAAGACGAGAUGCUUGUGUGUUCCAAAGACACGACUGAGAAGAGAAUCGUGGUGGAAAAUGAUCCAGUCAAAAGUGAAUCAGAAAAGACUGUGAAGAAAGAGCCGCCGCCGGUUCCAAAGAAAAAACAUACCAAACGUGAUAUUCAACUCUCAAUGGACAAAAAGAAAACGCGACGCAGUCAUGAACAUUCUAACUGUGACUUCGGGGAAACGACCCCAGAUUGUGAAGACAAAUUAAAGCACAUUUUCCCAGAUAGAUUGAAUAAUUAUAUCAAAUGUCAGAGGUAUUCUGGAACGGACGAGGAACACGGAGAUGAUGAAGGUGAUGUUAAGGUGAACUUGAGAACGGAAACGGACGCUACGAGAGACAGCGAGCACAUCAUACACGACCUGCAUGCUCUCAAAGAGCUCGAGAGGGCCCGACUAUGCGAGGGACGUCCCAACAUAGACGAGGAGGCCAGAGCCAAAAAUGAUUUGAUCUCCAGGGAGUUGAAGAACAUUAAGAAGGGAAUGUUAUCCAUGAGAGGGAACACUUUGGCGAAGAAGGAAAUAUUUGACAAGAAAGAGAAGGAGCUGAGUAAGCAGGAGGUCCCAACAAGGAUGGGCGGCAAUGUCAUGAUAAACAAAGCAAUUGUGAAUGAGAAUUACGACAAGGCCAAAUUGGCACUGGAAGAGGUUAUCUUGAGUCGGCAGACGACAAGGAAUAAGGCCACGGAUCAGGAGGCAAAUAUCAAAUUUGCAGGAAAUGUGACUGAUGCAAGUUAUGGAUCAAGGGUACAGGCAAGUGAAAAUGUAGAGAAAGAAUCAAUUAAAGAAGACCAAAAUGACAGCGCAGAAAAAGAGAAUGAUCUCAGAGAAAGAUUGGGGGAUUUGAGAGACCAUAAGCACAUGAGACAGAUUCUCUCCCAGACUGAACCCAGGCCUGGUGGGAUCCAGAAACCAGAUGGCAGAAGUGCUACCCUGUCUACUAUGAGCAAUGUUGACAGUGAUUUAAAUUCAACCUCGAGAUUGGACUUCAACCAUGCCCACGAAAUGAGUUCCACUCAUUGGCCUGAAAAGAACACAUUGUUAGAUACCCCCUUUAUACCACCCCGAAGUAAAAACAGAAGAAAUGAGAACAGUAAAAAUGAUAAAGAAGAUCUUUAUAACAAAGAUGAUAAAAAUAACGCACAGGAGGAUCUAAAUAUGGCACACGAUGGAACAAGCACAAAAGAUGCUUUGUCAAAAAGCUCCAAUGAAGAAACCAUUCAUGACCCACAUUUGCCUUCCAAGCGCAGCCACAGCGAAAAACGCUAUUCUCUGUUAUCAGACAUAGAAGCAGAUAUGGAGAUGGCCACAAGCGAAAAAAUCGAGAUAUCUUUAAAACCAGACACUGCAGCAAUUCAUGUCCUGCCAGAAGAUCUUGACAAAUCCACUAAGGACAAGGUUGAUACGGAUGCAGAGACUAUCAAAUCCCCUGAACUUCUUGUAAAUGGUGUCGCUAUUGACGACCACACCAGCACGUCCUCCAAAUCUUCCUACUUUUCCGUGGAGAGUCCACCACAGAAGGAGUGGAACUUUAAUCAUUCUUGGGAGAACCUCGAUAAGGUUGGGCUGGACAACAGGAGAGAUCCUGACCAUGUUCUUGGAGCCAUGAAAAAAGAUUCAGACAAGCCAGAUAUGGAAUAUUAUUCAUUUAGUGAUCUGGAAGGUGAUUCGGAGGUUGUCAAAGUAGUAGUAAAGUCUGAAGAAGAGAAAGAGAUUCAUAAGCAAAGUGCCGGUAAAUGUCCGAGCCCAUCCCGAGAUGAAGAUGUCCAAACACCAAUGUCCGCAUCUAGCCUCCUUUCUCCUACAUUGGAUAUUCCUGCUUUAUUUAAAAUCAAAGACAACACUUUGAGUAAUAAGAUAAAGAAGAUCAUACAACCCUGGACACCCCGGGGUCUAAUGAAUAACUCAGAGAAGGAAGAGGAGGAUUUGCAUCUUUUCAAUGAAACCUCAAAUCCACCAUUGACAAAUGAAACAUGUCCUCCAGUAACAAGUGAGGUCUUCAAGUCUAAAGAGACUUUGCCAAAUGUCUCACCAGCACCACUGUCCCCUCCAUUGGUUCUGCCAAAGGGGAAGUCAAGGAGACACCCUGAAGGAGGACCUCCUGACAGUCUCGCCAUGGAGACUUUGACAAUGCCAACAACAGAGAGGGACGUACCAAAGGUUCCUAGCGAGCGUUCUGGUUCCACCUGCAGUUUUAACGACAGUCACUCAGGGUUUGCCAAACCUCCAGCUGUCUUACCCAAAUCCGAGCGGGCCGUUCUCAAAGCCAUAAAGCUGACGAACCGACGGAUAAAGAAGGAAGAAGCUCAGAAGUCGACUCCGAGCAAACAAAAGAGUGACAAAUCUGUGCCGAGGAGUAGCGAGAAAAGGCAUCACAGAGAAGGUCAGAAACAUGACGGGAAGAGUAAUGAUGUCGUUGUUGUCAACGACGACCAACGUCCUCAGAACAAAGCAGAGAUGAGCCAGAGGACAAGAAGAUUGAGCCACGAGUUGCUAGAAGGCCAUCACCUCAAAGACGGGCUCGCGACUGACCGAGGCCGAAGUCGUGGCAGACAACCUCGAGAGAACCCAGAACAGAAACACAGCAGUGGUGAGGGUCUCAUCAGGAAUGUUCCUGUCUACAAACCUGGUGAGAGACCAGUACCCAACUCUCGCUCGCAAAGCAUUGACAGAUGCUUAGGAGACCGAGUGGGGCGCAGGUAUAGCACCGAGACGUCUCUCAGCGAGAGGCUCGACCCGAGAAGCACACGCAUCGAGAGAUCCAUCAUGGACGAGUUUCAGCAGCGAGGCCGAGCCAGAGAAAAAACGAGCCGAGAGAAACCGCUGAGAAGGAGUCAGAGCAUCGACACGCACUGUUUGCAGGCCCCCCAGCCGCCGACCUUCUCCCGUCAGUCCAGCCGCACCGGACAACUCUCUCGCCAGUCCAGCAUCGAACACGCCAUCGUCACGCAGUCCAUCCCCAUGACCCAACGAAAGCUCCUUCAAGAUCCGGACUCGGGACAGUAUUAUUUUGUAGACAUGCCCGUCCAAGUCAAAACAAAAACCUUCUUCGAUCCUGAGACGGGAAGCUACGUCCAGCUGCCAGUCCAGCCCCCAGACGCUGCAGUUCUUCAGGCAUCCCCCAUGGAGGUUUUAUCCACGCCGUUGGUUGUUUACCACGGCUUUGUCCCAGUGCCUCUGGCCCAGAACACUACCGUCCAAGUACCUCAUAUGGAGCAAGAAGAACUACAGAACUUGGACAUGUCAAGGCAAAUCCAUUGCAAGGAUGGGCGUCCUUAUUUGGAGCCUGUCUAUGGGCAGCAUGAACACACAAUGGGCGAGUUCCUUGCUACUGAGGAAGUGGACUGUCCCAGUUGAUGGGACAAGAAUUAGAAUUUUGCACAUAACUAUUUGUUUUAUUCAAGUACUGUUUUUUAUAACAACAUAUAAUUGAUGGAUUUCACAGGCACAAAAUAAACUGCCAUGUGACCUGCUCUCUAAAGGUUCAUUCUAACAGAUGCCAGAUCUUUGUCCACUUCAAGAAGUUAGUCAAUUUAGAAACAAUGCAUGUUUUUAAAAUGUGGAAGGCAGCCAGAGUAGGUUGGAGCUAAGAUGUGAACCAAAAUACUCGGAACUGAAACUCAUGUGCCAACCACUAUUCCAUCAUCACAGAUUAACUCGCUAAGCCUGCCUAUUGUUAUUGACUUACCUUUAUGCCUUAAGACUUGAAUGUACACAAAAAAAAAUGAAUGGCCUGCUGAAUAUGAGUUGAAGGAUUUAGUAGAGAUGGUCUUUCUUUUUUAAAGGAGAUUUUGACAAUGCUUUAAUAUGUAAAAAGACAAUUGUUUGAAUGUAAAUGUGGAAUAUUUAUUAUAAAUGCAGUGUGUUAUUAAAGUACGGCGGUGACGGGAGUUUGUAUCAAAACAUUUUGCAUGCUGAUGAGGAAUUCCUCAUUUAAUAUGGCAAGCGGUGGUUUCACUCUCAUGUCAACGUGUGUUGUCUACGCUGCCCUCUUCUGGUAAGAUUAGGUAAAGACAGAGGAACUGCACAGCUAAUUGGAAAUAAAGUGCAAAGAGAGCAUUCUAAUAUUGAAAUCACAUUUAAAAUCUGCUGUAAUUAAACAGUCAUGUUUUAAACCUCA